AUGGAGAGUAAGGAUGAAGAGGGAAAGCGGGUGAACAGGGAGGAGUACAAGUUAGCUAGGAAGGAGGCCAAGUUAGCGGUUACGGCAGCUAAGUCAGCAGCAUUUGAAAGCUUGUAUGCGGGAUUAGAGGAAAGAGGUGGGAAAAAGAGGUUGUAUAGGUCGCUCAAGACAGAGGCUAUUCACCUUGUGUGGAGAUUGUUGGAUCAGUAUAAGGAGAGGAAAAGUGACUUACACAUAGUGUUCAUCGACCUGGAGAAGGCAUACGACAAAAUCCUUGGGGAGGUUCUUUGGAGAUGCUUGGAGGUGGGAGGGAUCCCGGUGGCGUACAUUAAAUAG